AUGUCAACAGCUCCAGCGCCGUCUUCGCCUCCGCCAUCCUCUCCGGCCACUCCUUCCGCACCACCGCCCUCCACACCUUCCGCGCCGCCUCCCGCCACUCCGUCGUCACCUCCACCAUCACCUCCCUCGUCGCCGCCACCAUCACCUCCCUCGUCGUCGCCGCCGCCGGCUACCCCCUCUGCGCCUCCGCCUGCGACACCUUCCUUGCCAACUCCGUCGACUCCCUCUGCUCCUCCGCCGUCUACUCCUUCGUCUCCAACACCGCCGUCGAGUCCUCCUCCGUCGCCUCCGUCUGGUUCUCCUCCGUCGCCUCCGUCUGGUUCUCCUCCGUCGCCUCCGUCUGGUUCUCCUCCGUCGCCUCCGUCUGGUUCUACACCGUCGCCACCGAGUGGCGGCGGAGGCGGCAACACUCCGAGUCCGCCGUCUCGGAGCUCGCCUGCUCCUCCGUCCGAAUCGAACCGGACCUCGCCUCCGUCUCCAUCGCCGUCUUCAUCCGGUAUUUCGACCGGCGUGGUGGUCGGAAUCGCCGUCGGGGCGGUCGCCGUUCUUGUUGUGUUAAGCAUUCUCUGCAUAUGCUGUCGGAAGAAGAAGCGAAGACGUGACGAGGAGUACUAUGCUCCGCCGCCGCCGCCGCGCGGACCCAAAGAUGAUACAUAUGGUGGUCCCCCACGUCAAUGGCAACACAAUGUUCCCCCUCCUCAAGAUCAUGUGGUUUCAAUGAUGCCUCCAAAGCCUUCGCCUCCACCCGCUCCACACGUUGCUCAACCUCCUCCUCCUCCUCCUCCUUUCAUCAUCAGCAGUGGUGGGUCUGGAUCAAACUAUUCAGGUGGUGAACCACUUCCUCCUCCUUCUCCAGGAAUUGCAUUGGGGUUCUCUAAGAGCACGUUUAGCUAUGAGGAGUUGGCACGCGCAACGGAUGGAUUCUCUGAUGCGAACCUCCUUGGGCAAGGUGGAUUUGGAUAUGUUCACAGAGGAAUUCUUCCCAAUGGCAAGGAGGUGGCAGUGAAGCAAUUGAAGGCUGGAAGUGGGCAAGGAGAGCGUGAGUUCCAGGCUGAAGUUGAGAUAAUUAGCCGUGUCCAUCACAAGCAUCUUGUAUCUUUGGUUGGAUACUGCAUCACUGGGUCCCAGAGGUUGCUUGUUUAUGAAUUUGUUUCGAACAACACAUUGGAGUUCCAUUUGCAUGGACGAGGACGACCUACCAUGGAUUGGCCCACAAGACUAAGAAUUGCUUUAGGAUCUGCUAAGGGACUGGCGUAUCUGCAUGAAGAUUGUCAUCCUAAGAUCAUCCAUCGUGAUAUCAAAGCUGCCAAUAUCCUUCUGGAUUUUAAGUUUGAAGCAAAGGUUGCUGAUUUCGGUCUUGCUAAGUUUUCUUCUGAUGUCAAUACUCAUGUUUCUACACGAGUGAUGGGGACUUUUGGGUAUCUGGCUCCAGAAUAUGCUUCUAGUGGAAAACUCACAGACAAAUCAGAUGUUUUCUCCUAUGGAGUCAUGCUUCUUGAGUUAAUAACUGGACGACGGCCAGUUGAUAAAACUCAAACAUUCAUGGAGGAUAGUUUGGUAGACUGGGCUAGACCUUUGCUCACACGAGCUUUGGAAGAGGAUGAUUUUGAAUCUAUAAUUGACCCAAGGCUCCAAAAUGACUAUGACCCUAAUGAGAUGGCACGAAUGGUGGCAUGUGCUGCAGCUUGCACACGUCAUUCGGCAAAGCGCCGACCAAGGAUGAGCCAGGUUGUGCGUGCUCUGGAAGGAGAUGUGUCUCUAGCAGAUCUUAACGAAGGAAUCAAACCUGGACAUAGCAGUAUGUACAGUUCUCAUGAAAGCUCAGAUUAUGAUACUGCACAGUACAGAGAAGACAUGAAAAAGUUCAGAAAAGUGGCAUUGGGAACUCAGGAGUAUGGUGCAAGCAGUGAGUACAGUGCAGCUACAAGUGAGUAUGGUUUAAACCCAUCUGGCUCAAGCAGUGAAGCACAAAGCCGCCAAACCACAAGGGAAAUGGAAAUGAGAAAGAUGAAGAACAGUCAAGGUUUCAGUGGAAGCUCUUGA